GCGGGGUGCGGGAUGCGGGGGGGCCGGGCUGCAGCUCCCGCCCGCCGCAGCGCCGGGAAUCGGCCGCGGGAUCGGGAGGCUCCGCGCCGGCAGCGCCCGGGGGAUGCUCCGGCUCCUCGCCGCAGGGCACCGCACCCCGGAGGGAGGAGGGUCCGGAUCCUCCUGGUCAUCUGACUCAGGUCAAGCAAGACUUUCCGUUGCCAAGAGCCGGCGGAUCCCACCGGAGCAUCUCCCCUCGCCGGCUGCUGCCCCCCGGGAGGGAGGCGGGAGGAUCCUGCAAUCCCUGGAAGGCUGAGAGGCUGGCCCCCCAUGGAUCACCUCCCGGCAUGAGCACCGACGCCGAGCAGCUCCUGGCGGGGGCCCGGGCGGCCGCCGUGCCCCUCUGGACCGUAUCCAGCUGGGCCGGCUCCGAGAUGCCCCCCAACAGCAGCGCAGCGGCGGGAGAGGCCGGGCGGCGGCAGGGCCCAGCGGAGCAGGGAGGGACGGCGGGCGAGAUCGCGGGCAUGGUGGUGAUCCAGUGCAUCUACGCCCUGGUGUGCCUGCUGGGGCUGCUGGGCAACUCCCUGGUCAUCUUCGUCAUCCUGCGCUACGCCAAGAUGAAGACGGCCACCAACAUCUACCUGCUCAACCUGGCCAUCGCCGACGAGCUCUUCAUGCUCAGCAUCCCCUUCGUGGCCACCUCGGCCGCGCUGCACCACUGGCCCUUCGGCCGGGCGCUGUGCCGCACCGUGCUGGGCGUGGACGGGCUCAACAUGUUCACCAGCGUCUUCUGCCUGACGGUGCUCAGCCUGGACCGCUACAUCGCCGUGGUGCACCCGCUGCGCGCGGCCACCUACCGCCGCCCCAGGGUGGCCAAGAUGGUCAACGGCGGCGUGUGGCUCCUCUCCCUGCUCGUGGCCUCGCCCAUCCCCGUCUUCGCCGGGACAGCGGCCACGCACGACGGCCAGGCCGUGGCCUGCAACCUGCUGUGGCCCAGCCCGGCCUGGUCGGCCGCUUUCGUGGUGUACACCACCCUGCUGGGGUUCCUGCUGCCCGUGUCGGCCAUGGGGCUGUGCUACCUGCUCAUCGUGGGCAAGAUGCGGGCGGUGGCGCAGCGGGUGGGCUGGGAGCAGCGCCGGCGCUCCGAGGGCAAGCUCACGCGCCUGGUGCUCAUGGUGGUGGCCGUGUUCGUGGUGUGCUGGAUGCCCUUCUACGUGGUGCAGCUGGUCAACCUCCUGCUGCCCGGCCGCCUGGACGCCACGGUCAACAACGCCUCCCUCAUCCUCAGCUACUCCAACAGCUGCGCCAACCCCAUCCUGUACGGGUUCCUCUCCGAGAAUUUCCGGCACUCCUUCCACGGCGUGCUGCGGCGCUGCCUGGACGCCAGCCUGUGCUGCUGCCACGCCGAGGACAGGGACGGCGACGAGGACGAGGAGGAGGAAGAGCCCCUCGACUACUGCGCCAUCCCCCGGGGGGACGACAAGGGGAAGGGCUGCGUGUGUCCCCCCCUGCCCUGCCAGCAGGACCCCCUGCACCCCCAGCCCUGCUGCAAGCCCGGGCCCCUCCUCACAAAGACCACCACCUUCUAGGGGCCCCCACGCCGUGCCGGCCCCGGGGAUGGAAGGGGAUCCCGGAGGGAGAGGGGAUGGAUGCCGUGCCCGUCCCGCCGGCCCCACCCGUGCUGUGCAGUUCCCAAAAUAAAAAGCCAUAAGACUGGCCUGGGAUACCGUGAAUUCCAUCGACCGAGUCAUUAUUGCCGCUCCCUUCGGCACCCAGGAGCCUUGGCUGGGAUCAGGGAUGGGGAGGAUCCCCAAAUGCCAUUGGGGUUUAUUAACCUGCCCCUCCAGAUCAAUAAAAAACACGGUCCUGUUCCUUCCCAAGACAUGCCCUGAGAAACAGGGGAAAGUCCCCAAGCCCAUCAGCCCCUCCACGUCUAUAGCCGAGUGAGGUCCCACCAACAGUCACUCCCACUGCCCCUCAGACUCCCAGGAUUUUAGCAUGCAUGGGACCAAACUGUAUUUCAUGUGCCAAAUCUCGGGUAAACUUGAGAACCCCCAGGAACUCGAGGUGAGGAACAGCACAGGGGUGACACCGGCUGGGCAGCAUCGAGGUCGCAUUAAAUGAGCCAUUUCCAGCUUAUUGGGUUUAUUUGGGGUUUAACUUUGUCCUUUUAAUUAUUGUUCUUGUACAUUAUUUACGGUUCAUUCCUUCUAUUUUAAUCCCACUGGGGAAAUAACCGGUCGGGCACGUUUUCAGCCCUGAAUGCUCUUGGGUUCUUUUUGGUGGUUCCGGGAGCUCGGUGAGGAAAACCAGUCAUUUUUUGGGAAGGGGAGAAAGAACAUUUCCUCAGCAGCUUUCUAUAAACCAGACUGUAAAAGCUU